AGCGUCGGUGCGUCAGUGUUGCUGGACCCAUCACUACGGUUUAGUGUCCAGGUGUGGAGUUGAGCUUUUGUUGGUGGGUGUAAAGAAACUACUGACUUUAGUCCACAAGAAGAUGAUGAUGGAGGAAGAGGAGGACAGAGCAGAGUCUGCAGGAUCCAGCCGUCCGUCUGUGACCAGUGACCGGUCCAAAGGUCACAAUCCAAACUUCAGUGAUGAAACUGGACCAUUGAGAGGUCAGAGGUCCCCGUCUGGAGGAUUGAGCCGUCCGUCUGUGACCAGUGACCGGUCCAAAGGUCACAAUCCAAACUUCAGUGAUGAACCUGGGCCAAUGAGAGUGGACCAGGAGAGCUCAGAGCUUCCCAGUGGUCAGUCUGACCAGCAGCAUCAAACAAACCUGGACUCCAUAUUUAUGCUGCUGGAGGACAACAUCAUCACUUUUGUGAAGAAUGAGCUGAAGAAGAUCCAGAAGGUUCUGAGUCCAGAUUACCCAGAAUGCUUAGAGAGCCAGAGAAACAGCAGCAGCGAGGCAUUUGUGAAGAUCACACUGGACUUUCUGAGGAGAAUGAAGCAGGAGGAGUUGGCUGACCGUCUGCAGAGCAAACAUCUUGCUGAAGUUUGUCAACGUAAACUUAAAUCUGCACUGAAGAAGAAGUUCCAGUGUGUGUUUGAGGGGAUCGCUAAAGCAGGAAACCCAACCCUUCUGAAUCAGAUCUACACAGAGCUCUACAUCACAGAGAGAGGGACUGCAGAGGUCAAUGAUGAACAUGAGGUCAGACAGAUUGAAGCGUCAUCCAGGAAACCAGAUAAAUCAGACACAACAAUCAGUCAAGAGGACAUUUUUAAACCCACACGUGGAAGAGAUGAACCAAUCAGAACAGUGCUGACAAAGGGAGUGUCUGGCAUUGGGAAAACAGUCUUAACACAGAAAUACACCCUGGACUGGGCUGAAGACAAAGCCAACCAGGACAUCCACUUCAUAUUUCCCUUCACUUUCAAAGAGCUGAAUGUGCUGAAAGAGGAAAAGUUCAGCUUGGUGGAACUUGUUCAUCACUUCUUUACUGAAACCAAAGAAGCAGGAAUCUCCAGCUUUGAAGACUUCCAGGUUGUGUUCAUCUUUGAUGGUCUGGAUGAGUGUCGACUUCCUCUGGACUUCCACAAAACUAAAAUCCUAACUGACCCUAUAAAGUCCACCUCAGUGGAUGUGCUGCUGAUAAAUCUCAUCAGGGGGAAACUGCUUCCCUCUGCUCGCCUCUGGAUAACCACACGACCUGCAGCAGCCAAUCAGAUCCCUCCUGCAUGUGUUAGCAUGGUGACAGAGGUCAGAGGGUUCACUGACCCACAGAAGGAGGAGUACUUCAGGAAGAGAUUCACAGACAAGAAGUAUUCCAGCAGGAUCAUCUCCCACAUCAAGACAUCACGAAGUGUCCACAUCAUGUGCCACAUCCCAGUCUUCUGCUGGAUCACUGCUACAGUUCUGGAGGAUGUGCUGAAAACCAGAGAGGGAGGACAGCUGCCCAAGACCCUGACUGACAUGUACAUCCACUUCUUGGUGGUUCAGGCCAAAGUGAAAAAGGGCAAGUAUGAUGGAGGAGCUGAGACAGAUCCACACUGGAGUCCAGAGAGCAGGAAGAUGAUUGAGUCUCUGGGGAAACUGGCUUUUGAUCAGCUGCAGAAAGGAAACCUGAUCUUCUAUGAAUCAGACCUGACAGAGUGUGGCAUCGAUAUCAGAGCAGCCUCUGUGUACUCAGGAGUGUUCACACAGAUCUUUAAAGAGGUGAGAGGACUGUACCAGGACAAGGUGUACUGCUUCAUCCAUCUGAGUGUUCAGGAGUUUCUGGCUGCUCUUCAUGUCCAUCUGACCUCCAUCAACUCUGGACUCAAUUUGCUGGAAGAACAACAAAUUACUACUAAGAAGUUUAAAUUAUUUAGAAAACUUUGCAAUUUAAAAUUGGUCUACCAGAGUGCUGUGAACAAGACUUUACAGAGUCCAAAUGGACACCUGGACUUGUUCCUCCGCUUCCUCCUGGGUCUUUCACUGCGGACCAAUCAGACUCUUCUUCGAGGUCUGCUGACACAGAGAGGAUGUGACUCACAGACAAAUCAGGAAACAGUCCAGUACAUCAAGGAGAAGCUCAGUGAGAAUCUGUCUGCAGAGCAAAGCAUCAAUCUGCUCCACUGUCUGAAUGAACUGAAUGAUCGUUCUCUAGUGGGGGAGAUCCAACAGUCCCUGAGUUCAGGAAGUCUCUCCACAGAUGAACUGUCUCCUGCUCAGUGGUCAGCUCUGGUCUUCAUCUUACUGUCAUCAGAAAAAGAUCUGCAUGUGUUUGACCUGAAGAAAUACUCUGCUUCAGAGGAGGCUCUUCUGAGGCUGCUGCCAGUGGUCAAAGCCUCCAACAAAGCUCUAUUGUGGGACUGUGGUUUGUCAGAGAUCGGCUGUGAUUAUCUGGCAGCAGCACUCAAGUCCAAUCCCUCCCACCUGAGAGAGCUGGACCUGAGCUUGAACAACCUGCAGGAUUCAGGAGUGAAGCAUCUGUGUUGUUUUCUUGAGAGUCCAGGAUGUGGACUUGUAACUCUGAGAUUGAAGAGCUGUGGUUUGUCAGAGAUCAGCUGUGAUUAUCUGCGAGCAGCACUGAAGUCCAACCCCUCCCAUCUGAGAGAGCUCAACCUGAGUGACAAUGAAAAGCUGCAGGAUUCAGGAGUGAAGCAUCUGUGUUGUUUUCUGGAGAGUCCAGGAUGUGAACUUGAAACUCUGAGAUUGAAGAGCUGUGGUUUGUCAGAGAUCAGCUGUGAUUAUCUGCGAGCAGCACUGAAGUCCAACCCCUCCCACCUGAGAGAGCUGGACCUGAGCUUGAACAACCUGCAGGAUGCAGGAGUGAAGCAUCUGUGUUGUUUUCUGGAGAGUCCAGGAUGUGGACUUGAAACUCUGAGAUUGAAGAGCUGUGGUUUGUCAGAGAUCAGCUGUGAUAAUCUGAAAGCAGCACUGAAGUCCAACCCCUCCCAUCUGAGAGAGCUCAACCUGAGUGAAAAUGACAACCUGCAGGAUUCAGGAGUGAAGCAUCUGUGUGGUUUCCUGGAGAGUCCAGCAUGUGGACUUGAAACUCUGAGAUUGGAGGGCUGUGUUUUGUCAGAGAUCAGCUGUGAUUAUCUGGCAGCAGCACUGACAUCCAACCCCUCCCAUCUGAGAGAGCUGAACCUAUGGAGAAAUGACCUCCAGAUUCCAGGUGUGAAGCAGCUGACUGAUCUUAAGGAGAGUCCAGACUGCAGACUGGAGACUCUGAAGUGGAGCUGAUGAUGGUAAACAGGACAGUGUCUGUGCUGAAAGAGAAUGAGAGGUUGAAGCCACAGCAGCCUGUGUGUAGAGACGCUCUGACUGGGCCAUGUUACUGGGAGGUGGAGUGGAGAGGAGAGCUUCAUCCAGCAGUGACUGACAAAGGAAUGAGAAGAAGUGUAGAUGACUGAACUGAGUGAACUUCUCUGACAACAGCUCCACUGUCAGACACAAUGUAGAGUCCAGCAUCAUCCCUGUGUCGCCCUGGAUCUUACAGAGGAUCAUCAGUGUAUCUGGACUGCUCUGUCCUUCGACAGUCUCUGCAUAGUCUCUGUCUGACACUGGUUUCAGAUCCUCCUGGAUCAAACUCACCUGGAAAGGCUUUCAAACAACUUUGAAU